UAGCGAAGGGAAAGGUAUUCUGUUUUAGAAACCAAGAUCAGGGUGUGUCUAGGAAAUUACUAUGGGCAACUUAUGUAGCGAAGCUAACCUGCCUGUAUUGAAGGUCAACUAAGUUAAAAAAAAAAAUUCCACGGUGAUCCAAAUGUGUUUUCAUGUAUCCAGAGAGAUACCUUACAUUUCUGAGCGUGAUUUUGUGAAUGUGCACUAAUUGCUGGAAAGCAGUAUUUCAUCUGUUUUUCAGGACCCAAAGCUCCACCCUUCAAAAAAUAAACUUACGAGCGCGAGAUAGGUCACGCGACCUCGUGACGUAUGUUUCAGAAUAACACGGUGGCAUAGUCGUUGCACCUGGACUGAAGUGCUGAAAGUAAUUUGAGUUGAUUUAGUUACUUACAAAGACUGAGUCCAGAGUUUUCGCCUACAGUCUCCAGCCAUGCCUACUCGGUGUAUAAUCGCAGGUUGUAGCAAUACAUAUAAAGACGGAGUAAGCUUUCAUCGCUUCCCCAAAGAUGAGACCAUCAAAAAGGUAUGGGUCAAGAAGGUGAGGCUGACGCGAGCGAAAUGGAAGGGACCAUCGGCCUCCAGCUCAGUGUGCAGUGAACACUUUGCUGACUCAGACUUUCAGGACUCGGGGAGCUAUUACACGCAAUUCGACAUGAGGAAAAAAACUCCUGAAGUCCACAGCCAUACCCAACGUAACGCUGGGAGUAAAGCGCUCACCAAAACCUCAGCCAACAAGAUCUGCUUGGAUGAAGAGAGAGAGGAAGAGGGUGUUGGAAGAAGCACUUUCAGGUGUGCAAACCGACCAGGCUCCUCCACAUCAAUCCGAGUCAGAACAUGAACCGGGAUGCAGCAGUUGGAUUGAGCAACCUGACACUAGCGGGCAAUCUAGCCAGUCUGCCGGUACCCAGACAUGGGUCCCUACCAGUUCUACGGGAACCCAAACAUGCAGGUCUGCCACAUCAUAUGCAAAGCGUAUCCAGGUGUCAGUACAGACACGUGAUGCUUGGAAACAAUACAUUGCACUGGAUGUGACUGGAAGGAGUAGAGGGAGCCUUUGCAACCUGUCAGAGGAGGAGGAAGACCAGAUGGACAUUGAAGAGGCGAGGGAGGAGGAGAAAGGCGCAAUAUCUUCCGACUUCACACCUGGCGGUGAUUCCGACCCUGAGUCUUCUGAUAGCCAAAGCACGCCUGAGAGACCCACACAAAGGCUUCAGAAAUUACAAGGUGGAAGAGUUCCUUCAGUCGAAGUGAGGCACAACAGGCUUAUUCCUCCCCAUGAGGACACUAAGUACAUUGUGUUUGAGACAAAGCUCCUGGACCUCUUCAAGCUCUGCCGGGAUUGCAAGUCAGGCAAUGUCUGCAUCAGCAAAAGACUCAUGGGCACACUACUGAUUAUAACUGUGGAGUGUUACUCAUGCACCAGCACAAACAAGUGGGAAAGCCAGCCUUUCUAUCAAAGUCGUCCAGCAGGAAAUUUGCUGCUAUCUGCUGCAACUCUAUUUGCUGGAGGAAGCUGGACGAUGAUGCGGCGCAUCCUUUCCCAUCUAAGACUCGUUUGUAUUGCUGACCAGACCUUCUAUACCAUCCAAAGAGACAUCCUGCAACCAGCCAUUGAGUGCCGAUGGUCAGAGGAACAACAGCGCGUCGUUGGACAGCUGCAGUCAACCGGUACCCCUCUUGUUAUCGCCAGCGAUGGACGGGCUGACAGCCCAGGCCACUCUGCCAAAUUUGGGGUGUACACUGGACUGGAGGCCACCCUCAACAAGAUUGUCGAUCUGGAGCUGGUGCAGAGCAAUGAGGUUACGUCCUCAUACCAUAUGGAGCUCGAAGGAUUCAAAAGACUCCAGGGUUUCCUGUCUCACCAUGGACUGCAGAUUGGUAAACUGAUCACCGAUCGCCAUCGUCAACUGGCCAAGCAUGUCAGGGAAAACCUACCACACGUCUUGCAUACGUAUGAUGUCUGGCAUAUAGCAAAAGCUGUCCAAAAGAAAGUCCAUGAUCUCGCUAAACAGAAGAACUGUGACGAUCUUCUUGGUUGGGAGAAGAGCAUCAACAACCAUGUGUAUUGGGUUGCAUCUUCAACUCGGGACCAAGAAGAAGAGCUUCGUGGUGCAAAAUGGAAUUCCUUGGGAAACCACAUACAGGGGAUCCACUGUGGACAUUCAGCCAUCUUCCCAACCUGUCUUCAUGGAGACCUACAGGAAGAAAGAGCCAAGAAUUGGCUCAAGCCAGGCACAAAAGUGGCUGAAAAGUUUGAUGACAUCAAUAAUACAACCUUGGUGAAGGACAUCAAGAAAAUGUCAUCAGGUCACCAGACAUCAUCUCUUGAAUCCUUCCAUAGUGUCAUCAAUCAAUUUGCGCCGAAAAUGAAGUCGUACAGAUAUCAUGGCAUCCUCAGCAGGAUUCAUUUGGCAGCACUACACUACAAUGCAAACAGUGACAGAGAGCAGGCAAGGACAAGUAAAGGGGACCUAUGCUAUAGUAUUCGAAAACCAAAGUACAAGCCAGGAAGUGCUUCAGCUAAGCCAGUCAAAGAACCAUGCAACUACUCCUAUGUUGAGGAACUCAUGGCUGAUGUAUCGGAGCAAGACUUUGACACUUCACCACCAGAGAGGCAGCCAUCACCACCACCUUUGAGCAGUGGCCAUGUGUACACCCCCCCCCCCCCCCCCCCAAAAGAGGAGAUAAUCCGAUGCUGUCACAGCCGAUUUUCCAAAAAAUGAUUGAUGUGUACAUACAGCACAAUACAGAGAAACUUUUGAUGGGCAAAUGUGUCAUGUAUGAUCUUGUGCCUUUUUGGGUCUUUGAAAACUUUUUCAGUUCUGUUUCAACACCAUACAUUAUUAUUAUUAUUAUUAAUUAUUUUUUUUUAUCAUUGCUGAGGUUAUUUCAGGCAAGUGUUAGUGUUGAUUAUGGACAUAUAAUGUAUCCACACUGGAUUGGGAAGGAUUGCUGUGUGAAUCCUUUUCCCAGGUCUUUGGACCUCUGGUUUGUCUUUGUUAUAGGGUUAACAAAUGCAUUAGAACAAAUAAAUCUGAUUCAAGUAUA